AUGAGUAGUAAAAAAGGCAAACAACUAGCUAAUAAAAAGCCUAUAAAGCUCACUGAAGAAAGGAGACGACGAUUGAUGAGUCAGAAAUAUGCAUACUCACUUUUAUGUAAUAACAUGAUCGUGCCACCACAUGUUUUUGCUGCUAUGGCAAGAGACUCAGAAUAUGAACAAUCAUUAGAAAUAUAUGCCAAAAUUUAUGGCUGUGAACUUGACAAUACGAUAAACUCGCUAAAAUUUUUACAAGCUUCUUUAAAAUCAUCAUUAUCAUCAACACCAGAAACCAACAGUGCUUCUACUUCCUCCACCUUAAUUACCACUAAUUACACUACUACUAACUCAUCUAUUACUAAUUUCAUACCAAUACUUCCCGAAGUACUUAUCAAAGCACAAGAACAAGCUGAGCUAGGAGCCAUAGAAAUUCGAAAUAGAAUAAACGAAAGAAUAAAAGCACUUGAGAAUUUACCAGCAAAUUUAUCAAAUGGACCAUUGAAACAACGAUUAACUUUUGAUGAUAACAAAAGACCUGCUUCAAAUCCCAAACUUAAUGCUGUAAUAGAAUUAAAGGCCUUAAGACUAUAUGAUUUUCAACAAAAAAUUCGCAAUGAAAUUAUGCAAUACAGUCCAAUGUAUCGUAGACCACAAGGACUUGAUGAGAUAUUGCAAUAUAGACGACCAAAAGAGAGAUUUGAGUAUACUUGGUCAUAUUUUCAUAGGCGUGAACAAGAUCGCAUACAGAAAAAAAUCAAUGAAGAGAAAGCUAAGCGACAAAAAUUCUUCUUUCAAAUAAGUGCAAUGUAUGCAGAUUACAUCACUAUAUCUGAAUUAAUGAGAGAAAAAAAACUUGCACUUGGCAUGGCAGUUUUAAAUUAUCAUUCAUCUGUUCAAAAAGAACAACAAAGAAAACAAGAUAAAUUCCAACGAGAAAGGUUGAAUGCUUUAAAGAAUGACGAUGAGGAGGCAUACAUGAAAUUGAUUGAUGAAACUAAAGAUACUAGACUCAGCCAUUUAUUAAAACAAACUGACCAGUAUCUUGAAUCAUUAGCAAAAGCGGUUUCCUCUCAACAAAAUCAAAAUUUUGAUAAUAAUUCUACGAUUAACGCUCAUAAUGGUCCAAGCAUAUCAUUAUCAUCAUCAGUUAUUGAUGAAGAUAAUAUUAUUGAGACAAGGGAUGGCAAGAAAAUUGAUUAUUAUCAAGUUGCACAUAGAAUAAAAGAGGAAAGACAAAAUGGUCCUUUUCUAAUAAUUGUUCCGUUAUCUACAUUGACAAAUUGGAUGGUGGAAUUGGAAAAAUGGGCACCAGAUAUUAAUAAAGUGGUUUAUAAAGGAACAAUUAAUGAGAGAAGAAGUAUACAACAAAGACACUUGAAACAUAUUGAUUUUCAAGUAUUUUUGACUACAUAUGAAUAUGUUAUUAAGGACAAACAACAAUUGGGUAAAAAUAAUUUACCCGAAUUGUGGUCAUUAUUAAACUUUGUUUUACCAAAGAUCUUUGACUCAUUGGAAAGUUUUGAUGAAUGGUUUAAUACGCCAUUUGCAAAUACUGGAGGUCAAGAUAAAAUAGCUUUAAAUGAAGAGGAGACGCUCUUGAUUAUUCGUCGUCUUCACAAAGUGCUUCGACCUUUUCUUUUAAGACGAUUAAAAAAAGAUGUUGAAUCUGAACUUCCAGAUAAGAUUGAAAAGAUAAUAAAAGUUAAAUUAUCAGCACUUCAAAUUAAAUUAUAUAAUCAAAUGAAAACACAUGGCGCAAUAUUUGUUAACAAAGGAGAAAAAGGGAAAACUGGUAUUAAGGGUCUUAACAACACAAUAAUGCAAUUAAGAAAAAUAUGUAAUCAUCCAUUUGUUUUUAAAGAAGUUGAAAAAGACAUCAAUAAAAGUAAUAGUAAUAAUGAAUAUUUAUACCGUAUUUUGGUAUUUUUUCAAAUGACUACAAUCAUGGAUAUAAUGCAAGAUUAUUUUGAAUGGAGAGGCUAUAGUUUUCUUAGAUUGGAUGGUACAACAAAAUCUGAAGACCGUACAAAACUUUUAGGACAAUUUAAUGCUCCUGCUUCACCAUAUUCCAUUUUCAUGAAUCCUCACCAAGACUUACAAGCUCAGGAUCGAGCUCAUAGAAUUGGACAAAAAAAUGAAGUUAAAAUUUUACGAUUGAUUUCACAAAAAUCCAUUGAAGAAAAUAUUUUGGCUCGUGCUCAAUAUAAACUUGAUAUUGAUGGUAAGGUGAUUCAAGCAGGAAAAUUUGAUCAUAAAAGCACUGCUCAAGAACGUGAAGAUUAUUUGAUUGACGAGGAGAGAGAAAAAAUCGAGGAAAGAGAAUGGUUAAGUUCAGGAAGUAGUAGUGUUAGAAAAGGUAGAUUAAUAGAAGAGCAUGAAUUGCCUCCUUUGUAUUUAGCAGAACAUGAGAAAAUAAUCAAAGCAGAAAAUGUUGAAGAAUAUGGUAGAGGUCAAAGACAACGAAAGGAAGUUCUCUAUGAUGAUGGUUUAACUGAAGAUCAAUACUUAAAAGUAAGUAAAGAUGAUGAAGAUAAUGAGGGCGAAGAACCAGAGGUGAAAGAACAAGAGGAUGAUGAAAAGCCAAAAAAGAAAAUUGCCAGUGAUGCAAGAUCUAUUAGGAAAGCUAAACAGAAAGCGACAGAAGGUAUCCACAAUAAUAUACAAGAGGAGUUGACGACUAUUGAAGAGUUAAAAAAUAUGAAAAAAAGGUCAAGGAGGAAAAGAGUGGACGUGAAAAUUGGUGAUGAUGAGGAUGACAAUGAAAUUGAAGAAAAUAAUAGGAAUGUUGCAAGUAGCAGCAGCAGCAGCUCGCAAAAAAUUAUACAAAAAGAUUUUAAAAAACAAAUGGUUGAUCAAAGCUCUUCCAUUAAAAUGAAAAAAGUAUUUCAUCAAUGUAUUGUUUAUCUUGAAAGCUUUAUUGACAAAUCAGACGAAAAACCACGUAAAAGAGCUGAAUUAUUCCUUGAUCUUCCUAACAGAAAAGAAUAUCCAUCCUAUUAUAAAGUAAUCAAAAAACCAGUAUCCCUUAAUCUUUUACGUAAACGCAUUAAUCGUGGACAUUAUAAGUCUUAUGAUGAAUUUUCCAAUGAUAUGACUUUGAUGUUUGAUAAUGCACGCACUUUCAAUGAAGAUGGAUCUGAAAUCUAUCAAGAUGCAAAUAUUCUACAGGAGGCAUUCAAUGCUAAGUUCACCCAACUUGUUUCUAAUAACCAAGAUAGUAGAUGA